CCCUCUCACCCAUGAGAGGAGACGAAAAGAAAAAAAAGGAAAAAAAAAGUUUAGAAGUCGACGAACCCGCAUCGAAAUUUCUUCAUUUCUUUAUAAACCCACGCCUGUCGAUCCAAAAGCCAUCCAAAUUUGUUGACUGGAAUCGUUUUUUUUUUCCUUCAUCUUCUUCGAAAUGGCAACGGAGGUCUUGCGGCCGCACGACGUCCUCAUGGCACAGCGUAUGCGGCCUUUACCGGCCUUCCUCCCCCGCCGGAGACCUAACCCCAACCCCAAUCCAAAGCCCUCGAGGAAGACGACCUCUCCUCGGUCGGAGGCCAGAAAGAGGCGGGAGGCCUCCCCCAAGCUAGCGAAGACCGGCGGUACCACCGUCGGAGAAAAACAGGUGACAAUUCUGCGACGAGGUGAGUCACAAGAUAUGCUUAAGAAACCGGAGAUUGCGACCAUGUUCGGAAGAGGAAGGUUGGGACCAGAUCCGGAAAUGGUCCCGAAGCAAAUCAAUUUCGGGGAUCCGGCGGCUGCGACGAAGAUGUACGCGGGCUCGGCGUUCUCGGUCUCACCAUCGCCGAGCUCGCUGCCGUUGCCGAAUUUCUUCUUGAAGAAGGAUGAGUCGGCGGUGGUGGACUAUGCAACUAAAGAUCUCAGACGUUUGCUCCGACUGGAGUAAUUCUUAUUUUUUAAUCAUCUUCUGCUUUCCAUCCUUCUUGGAUUCAGAUCAGACUUUCUCCGUUUGCAUUUUAGAGAAAAACGGGAUGUAGGGAUGAAAUGGAAAGAUGGAAAGUUAGGAUGAAUAACGUAUGAUGGAUAUGUAUCAUGGUGGUGUAGGUUGUUUUCUUGUGUAUAUUUAUAUAUAUAUAUAUAUAUUUUUUUUUUUUGUAUGGACUGGAAGAUAGGAGGAAAAGGAGGAUGAGAUUAAGGAAAUGAUUGAAGAUGUAGCAUCAGCAAUGUAAUAAUGUAUUAGUAAUGUAAUAUUUUUAAAAUAUAUAUUUUAUCUUUCCAUAUUGGUUAGCUGUCCUCAGCUCCUGUAUACUAAUUUAUAUAUCCUCCCACCUCUCUUCCAUAUUUAAGAUAUGGAUGCGAACAAAGAAGGUGCUUUGACUUUGUUUGGUAAUCCUUAUUUUUCAGAAAAGGCGGCUGAUCGGUUAGCCAGUGAAAAAGCUUAUGUAAUUUUUUCUUUAUUUCACCUACUUCAUGUAAAAAAAAAAAAAAAGGUCAUGACGGUUUCAUAUUAUGGUUUAAACUAAGAUGUUUUACGAGAAGAGAAUAAAAGAUAUAUAGACUGCUGAAACUGCAUGCGUAAUCGUGUCAAAAGAUUUUCUAUGUCAAAAAUUCUCUAAGACUUUAAUAAAAAAAUAAAAAAUAAAAGUGCAC